AUGCGAGUUCUAGCCGAUCCUGACCCUGAGUCGAAAGACCACACGAAAUUUUCUAUCACAUCUCAACCUAUUGUACAUUAUAUCGCCAUACCUGAAAUGGACAAAACUGCCGAAAAAUACAUAAAAAUAAAAAACACGAAAAUAAGAACCCUGUUUGAUAGUGGAUCACCCACAUCAUUUAUCCAAAGAGAUACCGUAAAACUCCUGAAUCUGCCAAUCCACGAUACUCCGCCGCUCCGCUUUAGAGGAUUCAUAUCUACCGAAUCUGCCACGACCUCAGAAGCAGUUACGCUCGACCUUACAGUCGACAAUCUGCAAUUCAAUGUAGCCGCGUAUGUACUCGAUAAAAUGGACUACCAACUCCUAAUCGGAAAUCCAAUUCUACGCCGCUACCCGAAACUCCUGUACACAAUCCUGAACACUAAGCAGUGUACUUCCGCCCAGAAGCCCAAGGCUUAUCAUCCCGAAAACAUUAACUAUGUGAAAGUUAAAUGCGCUGGUAAUCGUGGUAACUCCAGAACCAAGACACUGUCCUUUGCCCCCACUACUCCUGAAGCAACCGACCUGAACUCCGCUGGUAACCGUGGUAAACCCCGAAACAAUAAUCUGUCUUUUGCCCCCACCAUUCCUGACGCAACUGACCUGAAAUCCGCUGGUAAUCGUGGCGACUCCAGAACUAACACCCUGUCUUUUGCCCCCACUAUUCCUGACGCAACUGACCCGCUUACAACACUUGACAAUCCAGGUAGUAUUCACAAUACAUUUGCACAAUUCCAGAUACCUGAAGAAGCGAUGAUCCUAGAAGAGGAUGAAAGAUACUUCAACGUUGUUUCAACCAUCCAUAACGUCGAACCUAAAGCUAUUGAUCACAGCGAUAAGGAACCAUUUUCCACGUUGCCGGCUUGGUUACAACAGAAGUAUACAGAGAUUAUACGUAAUGAUCUCCCAGCAAGAUGUAUGAACAUCGACAACGCUCCCGUAAAACACGACAUUGAAAUUAAACCUGAUGCACGACUACCUCGACUACAACCAUAUCACGUCACCGAAAAGAACGAACGAAUAAUCAACAAGAUCGUUCAAGAACUGCUCGACAACAGAUUCAUUGUCCCCUCGAAAUCUCCAUGCAGUUCCCCCGUUGUCCUCGUCCCGAAGAAAGAUGGUACGUUCAGACUUUGCGUUGACUACCGUGCCCUGAACAAGAUUACCAUCUCCGACCCAUUCCCAUUACCCAGAAUCGACAACCUAUUAAGCCGUAUUGGGAAUGCCCAAAUAUUCACCACGCUAGAUUUGCACAGUGGUUAUCACCAGAUUCCAAUGGAACCAAAAGACCGCUACAAAACCGCUUUUGUCACCCCGUCCGGUAAAUAUGAAUACACUGUCAUGCCAUUUGGUCUAGUCAAUGCACCUAGCACCUUUGCAAGAUACAUGGCCGACAUUUUCAGAGACUUGAGAUUUGUCAAUGUCUACCUUGAUGACAUAUUAAUCUUCUCUGAAUCCCAAGAAGAACACUGGAAACAUUUAGACACAGUUCUUGAAAGACUUAAGAAGGAAAAUCUUAUUGUCAAAAAGAAAAAAUGCAAGUUUGCAUCAAAACAAAUUGAAUUCCUAGGCUAUAGUAUUGGAAUCCAGAGAAUAGCCCCACUGCAACACAAAUGUGCAGCAAUCCGAGACUUCCCGACCCCGAAAACAGUAAAACAAGCACAACGAUUUUUAGGAAUGAUUAAUUACUACAGACGAUUCAUUCCAGAAUGUUCUAAGAUAGCACAACCCAUUCAACUGUUUAUUUGUGACAAAAGUCAAUGGACAGAAGAACAAGACAAAGCAAUCGAGAAGCUGAAAACCGCCCUAUGUAGUUCCCCUGUUUUGAUACCAUUCGAUAGCAAAGCAACUUACCGAUUAACCACAGACGCCUCAAAAGAUGGUAUUGGUGCUGUUCUAGAAGAAAUCAAUACAAAAAACAAACUUAUUGGUGUCGUCGGUUAUUUCUCUAAGACCUUAGAAGGCGCUCAGAAGAAUUAUCCCGCAGGCGAAUUAGAACUACUUGGAAUUAUUAAAGCACUCCACCACUUCCGAUAUAUGCUUCACGGUAAGCAUUUUACAUUGAGAACAGACCACAUCAGCUUACUGUCACUACAGAAUAAAAACGAACCCGCACGACGCGUACAACGAUGGUUAGACGACCUAGCCACCUAUGAAUUUACCUUAGAAUACCUAGCAGGACCCAAGAAUGUCGUUGCCGAUGCCAUAUCCCGUGCCGUAUACACCACAUUUCCAGAAACACCCGAUCCUAUCAACCCAGAAAGCUGGAAAACUGAAUAUAAAUCAGACCCAUUGUGUAGUGCUACGUUAAUUCAUCUGAAUGAACUGACGCAACACAAUGUCAAACCGGAGGAUAUGUCAGCCUUCCAUAGCUACCGAAAGAAAUUUCAAUUAUCCGAGACCUUCCGUAAGAACUACUCCAUCGUAGACGAAAUAAUCUACUAUCGAGACCGAUUAGUAGUCCCGGUAAAACAACAGAACGAAGUCAUAAAACUGUAUCACGAUCAUACUUUAUUCGGAGGCCAUUUUGGUGUAACUGUAACAUUUGGAAAGAUUGCUCCAAUUUAUUACUGGCCGAAAUUGCAACAUUCAAUUACACAAUACAUCCGUACCUGCGUACAAUGUCAACUCACAAAAUCACAUCGACCACGUUCACAAGGACUAUUGCAACCGCUUCCCGUAGCAGAAGGAAGAUGGCUUAAUAUAUCAAUGGAUUUUGUGACUGGACUACCCUUAACAACAAACGAUUUGAAUAUGAUCCUCGUUGUUGUCGACCGCUUCUCGAAACGCGCUCACUUCAUAGCUACAAGAAAAACAGCAGACGCAUCACAGCUAAUAAAUACGCUAUUCCGCUAUAUCUUUUCAUAUCAUGGUUUCCCGAAAACAAUAACCAGUGAUAGAGACAUCCGUAUAACCGCAGAAAAAUAUCAAGAACUUACAAAAAGAUUAGGGAUAAAAUCGACAAUGUCUUCUGCAAACCACCCCCAAACAGAUGGACAAUCCGAAAGAACGAUUCAAACAUUGAACCGAUUGCUAAGAGCUUAUGCCUCCACCAAUACCCGGAACUGGCACACCUACUUACCACAAAUUGAAUUUGUCUAUAACUCCACACCGACCAGAACACUUGGAAAGUCACCAUUCGAAAUUGAUUUAGGAUAUACUCCCAAUGCACCUACCAUUAAAACGGAUUGCGAAAUCAAUGCAAGAAGUUUUACCGCCGUAGAACUGGCCCGACACCUCAAAGCUAUUACGAUCCAAACAAAAGAACGACUAGAGUCUGCUCAGAUUGAAAUGGAAACUAAUAACAACCAAAGACGUAAAACUUUGUUAUUGAACAUAGGAGAUCACGUACUAGUGCAUAGAGAUGCAUAUUUCAAGAAAGGAGCAUAUAUGAAGGUACAACCUAUAUAUGUUGGACCAUUUCGAGUUGUCAAGAAAAUAAAUGAUAACGCUUACGAACUCGACUUGGAUUCACACAAGAGAAAACAUAGAGUUAUUAACGUACAAUACUUAAAGAAAUUUGUAUACCGACCCGACGCAUAUCCAAAGAAUAAACCAAUCAGUUCCGUUGAAAGAAUCAACAGAGCCAAUGAAGUCAUUGCAGUUAUAGGGAUAGAUACCACACACAAAACAUACUUAUGUCGUAUGCAGGAUGUGGACCCGACAAUCUCAGUAGAAUAUUCAGAAGCUGAAUUCUACCAAAUCCCAGAGGAAAUACGAAAGUCAAUAUUAGCCAAUUUUAGACAAUUGUACGAGACUCAAGACAACUCCGAGAGAGAGGAAGAUGUUGUAUCUCAAAAUGAGAUACCUCAGCAUUACUAG